GAAUGAUAUGAUAUGGGCCCCGAGACCGACCAUGCUGGACCUUACGACAAGUGAAAAGACAGUGUAAGAUUCUAUCCCCGCAGAACACUACUCCCCCAACUCCAUUUUGAUCCCCCUCACUGCAAAACUUCACACCAUGAUGAACGCAGCUAGAUCUCUCCAUCUCUUUGCGCUCGUACACGCCAUCCGUCUGGCCCAGGCCUGGGAAUACACAUUUCCUGAGAAUUGGCCGCUCAAUUGGACGCCGCAAUUGCAGGAGACCCCGGUCGUAGCAGACGUCUGCACCACCAGUCAUCUCACUGCGUACGAGACCGCCGCCCCCGGGAGCGAGAUUUGGCUCUCAACAAGUCCGUUGGACGACUUCGAAGCCCCCAAGAUCCUCCCGCUCAACUCAAGUAGCGGGGAGCAAUGGGAAUUUGAUGGGGUCUCGGAUGAUGGCAUGAAUGCGUUCAUCUUCGGGCUCUAUCGCGAUCCCGGUCUGUCCCUCAUGGGGACGGGCAAUCUACGCAUCUCGGCCGAGCUGGCCUACGCCAACGGCACCCGCUGGGGACGGGUCGACUACGCCAGCGAUUCGGUCGUGGAGUCGUGCCCCCACGGAACCAAAGGGGCGUGGACCGGAUCGGACUUCAGCUACCGCUUUGAGAUCUCCAAGGACAUGAGCCGCGUCAAGCUGGAAGUCGACACCCCCGACCUCAAGGGUAUCAUCUUCCUGAAGUCAAAGACUCUGCCCCGGUAUGCAGACGCGUCGACCUGGCCGUCGGAGAACGCGUCCACGGCGAUCGCCCCGCAUUUCCACUGGGUGGAGCCGAUCCCCGUCGGGGACGUGCAGGUGGAUCUGGUGGCCAAGGGCCAGCGAUUCGCGUGGCAGGGCUUGGGCGGUCACAAUCGACUGUGGUCCCCGUUCAACUGGUUUACCUGUCUCAAGGCCAUGAACGCAGUGCGGAUGACGGCGGGGCCGUAUUCUCUGUCCUACAUGCGAUUCACCUCGCGCAUCGCGGACGGGCAGGACUUCACCUCCGUGCUGCUCAUGCACGGCGCAGAGAAGAUCUUCAGCUCCACCCUGGGCCACGCGUCGCCGGUGGACGACUACGUCCUCAUGACCAAGACAUAUGGCGGCGCGGUCACAGGCACCUUGCGCGAUAAGGUCACCGGCUACGAGCUCGAGUUGGUCUCCCCCGCCCGGAAUCAGCAUUGGACCUUCAUCAUCGAGCAUCAGAACAUCGCUUUCGAGUAUCUGGUCGGGAAAGGACGCGGUGGAAGCGGGUUUUCCAGCAGCUCCAGUGGAGGCCCCGUCGGCUUGGAGCAAUUCAGAGGGGUGGCCCUGACCGAAGCACUCAACUUCCCGGACAGUUCGCCACUUUUCAAAAAUCAAUAUUUCCUGUUCUACGUCCCGUUAACCUGUUGUUGCAACUGGUGCACCUCUAUGACUAGAAGGAUGUCGAAACACCUUUUAAGUCUAGGGGGGGUACCGGGCAACUUCUGA